AUGGCGACUGCACGUCGCUCGGAAGCUUCGUUCGGUGACGUCUUGGAUGGCGUAACAGUGGACGUGGUGGAUCAUCGUCAGGAAAAAUGGUGCAAGGUCUUCAUGCCAGCUUUGCGUACUUUCCACUCGCUAUUCGGCCACACCGAAGUGCCCGAAGAGUUCGUGGUGCCUCGGUCAAGUCCACUGUGGCCUAAAGCAGCGGGUGGACUGCACUUGGGUCAAGUUAUCAGUCGAAGUAACGACACCAAGAGACUUUACAGUUCCCAAGUGGCAAAUUCUCAACAGGAAUUUCAGAAGUUAGGAUUCACGUGGAAAGCGACGAAUGCGGCAGAUCGGUCCUGGAGGCAUCAAGUUCUACCGGCAUUGCGAGUCUUCCAUCAUGAAAACGGGCACUGCAAUGUUAAGAGCGAUUUCGUCGUUCCGGAGUGGGAACCGUGGCCGAAAGAUGCCUGGGGACUGAAUCUAGGACCGAUUGUCAAGCGAGUUCGAGCUGGAAAAAGUUACGUAGAUCAAGCUACUAGCGAUAGCGAUGAACUGGAGAAAUUGGGCUUCCUAUGGGACCCGAGGGAUGUCGAGUGGCAAGACCGUAUUUUACCGGCGUUGGUAACUUUCGCGGACGAAUUUCGGAACGAUGAACCCAUGACAUCCGAUUUCGUCGUUCCAACUAAACAACCGUGGCCCAAACAGACUUGGGGACUGCAACUCGGCAUGUUUUUAAGAGAUUCGCAGCGGAGAGAGCAGUAUUUCGUUCAAAUUGUACGAGAUGCGAACGUUCUGGACGGUUUAGGCUUCGAGGUUUGUCUUUCCGUCACGACUUGGGAACGACAAGUUGUGCCGCUUUUGGUAAUUUUCUCGACAAUUUAUCCGAAUCAAACGGCAGUUCCAGUAGAUUUUGUGAUUCCACACAAACAGCCAUGGCCCAGAAAGAUGUGGGGUUUGAAAUUGGGCAGGAUUGCGGCACAGAAUCCAGAUCGUAUGGCUGCAGUGAUGAGUGAUUUGAGGCAGCGGAAUGCAACUCCGGAGACGUUAUCUGUAGUGUUUGACAACAGGAAUCAUCAGUGGAAGAGCAGGAUUUUUCCAGCUCUCGUCACGUUUGUGCAAGUGUUUGGAGACUGUCGACUUGGACCCCAAUUCACGGUUCCUUCCGAAGAUCCGUGGCCCAAACAGACGUGGGGUUUAAAACUUGGAGCUGGAAUCGCAGACUAUCUGAAGAAUGGCACAUACUUUAAACAAGUAGGACAGGACGCUGAUCGCUUAGAUGUGCUUGGAUUUUCCUUCAAGUUGAUGGAUACUCCUUGGGAACAAUACGGUGCUCCGUUGUUAGAGACUUUUGCGAUGGUUCAUCCGUGUACUAUCGUUCCUGACAACUUCGUGGUUCCUUCUCAAGCUCCAUGGCAAGAAACAAUGUGGGGAGUGAAGCUAGGAAAGCUCGUUGGAUGGAAUUCUCAACACAUGAUAGACAUCGAAAACAAGUGGAGAGUUCAAGUGUUACGAGCUGUCGAAGUUUACCAGCAUGAACAUGGUAACUGCAGCGUUGGAGAGAAAUUUGUGAUCCCGUCGCAGUCUCCUUGGCCUUCGAAGACGUGGGGGAUGGACCUAUCGCGGAUGUUACAGCGUCUCCACUCUGGCGAAUGUUACGAUGGCCAUGUGGCUCUAGCUAAAACUUCUGUCGCUAGACUGAAGAACCUGCUGCAUCAACGUCGAGACGAAGCCUGGGGAUCGAUUUUUACAGCCCUUAAGACGUACUCUAAGAGGUUCAGACACUGCGAUGUCAAGCCUCAUUUCGUUGUUCCAGCGAAUAUCUCGUGGCCUAAAAAUGUGUGGAGUUUACAGUUGGGACAGAUUAUUGACAAGAUGAAGACGACAGGGAAUUUCUUCUCUUAUGUUGGACGAUGCGCUAACCGAUUGAGUAAACUGGAUUUUACACUAACGCUCUCUAAUGUGGCAUGGGAGAAGAAGGUCGCUCCUCUAAUCGCUGCGUUCGCGAAUCUUCAUCCUCAAGACACGAUUCCAUGGGGUUUUGAGUGGGGAUUCACUAUACCAGCGAAGGAUCCGUGGCCUGAAUACGGAUGGGGAGUUAAUCUCGGUGUUAUAGUGCAGUGGAAUUUGAGUCGAUUAGAGUCGAUAGAGCGUGACUGGAGAAAUCAAGUGGUACUGGCUAACGAUGUGUAUCAGUACGAGAACGGCAACAAGAUUCUUCGAGAUAAGUUCGUGGUUCCUUGUCGUUCUCCGUGGCCCUACAAGACGUGGGGUCGAGAGCUUCGACAUAUCCUUACGUGUGUCCAGGUUGGACAGCAUUACGGUGGCCAUAUUGCUAUCUCUAAUUUCCACUCUAACGAGGCCUGUGCUGGUAAGAAUGAGCACUGGAAAACGACGAUUUUCCCUGCGCUCCACACGUUUGCUAUGGUGUUCGGACACUGUUCAGUCCCGGAGAAUUACGUGGUUCCUUCUGAAUCCCCUUGGCCAAAGCAAACCUUCGGGUUACAGUUAGGGAUUGUUACAGCUGAAAUAGAGUCCAGCGGACUCUAUUUCGCUGAAGUUGGCCUAAAUGCAGAUCGGUUAGAGACUUUCGGCUUCAGAUACAAACUAGCAGACACGCCGUGGCAGGAACAUGUCGCUCCGUUACUGAAGAUAUACGCGACUCAAUAUCCUCACGAGGUUCUACCUGAGGACUUCGUGGUGCCUCCAAAACAGCCAUGGCCAGAGGAACUUUACGGUUUAAGACUCGGGAAACUCAUGUGUUGGUCGUCUCGAUUCAUUUGGAACAACAAAGAAGAACAAUGGAAAGAGCGGGAAAUGCCCGACAAUACGACACUAGCUGGAGAAUACGGAUACUAUAAGGUCCCCGCUACGUUUAAAGUUCCCAGUGAACUCCCAUGGCCUAAACAAAUAUGGAGUUUACGGAUGAAGAUUUAUCUCCGUCAGUUAAACCGUAACGGGGAUCUCUUCUUAUCUGGCGGUCUUCAUCGUGCUUUAACCAGCGAGAAAGACGUGGGUUUUGUCAUUAAACUGUCAACAGACAACGAUAUCGAAUUUGGGGAACCAGAAUCCGAAAAAUACACCGCAGAAGUGGAACAGAUCGGUAGAUCUCCCUUAUCUCCUGAACCUGAAAGUUGCUUAGGUAAACGAGCUUUACCUGAUACAGAUCGUCCACGAAAAAAAGGUUGGGUUGGCAGCUACUCGCCUGAAUCUCGUAAGAAACGCGUCCAGAGAUACCUUAAAAAACGACAAGAGCGCGUGUGGAUCAGAGAGGUUAAAUACGACGUCCGUAAGAGCUUUGCAGAUACACGACUACGAGUUAAAGGACGAUUCGUGGCUCGAGAGGACGAAAUAACCAUUCGCGAACUACUCAGCUUCACGUAACCACCACAGCUGGACAAAAAGUGCACACGUAGAAUUUACUCGUGUAGAAAUAAAAAAAAACUGGCAUACAGUACCAUUUCUCCUGGC